UUUGUGAAGACCUUGACUGGGAAGACCACUACCCUGGCGGUGGAGCCAAGCGACACCAUUGAGAACGCCAAGGCCAAGAUCCAGGACAAGGAAGGCAUUCCUCCUGACCAGCAGAGGCUGAUCUUUGCUGGCAAGCAGCUGGAAGAUGGCAGCACGCUUUCCGACGAAGGCAUCCAGAAGGAGUCCACCCUCCACCUGGUCCUGCGUCUGCGUGGUGGGAUGCAGAUCUUUGUGAAGACCUUGACUGGGAAGACCAUCACCCUGGAGGUGGAGCCAAGCGACACCAUUGAGAACGUCAAGGCCAAGAUCCAGGACAAGGAAGGCAUUCCUCCUGACCAGCAGAGGCUGAUCUUUGCUGGCAAGCAGCUGGAAGAUGGCCGCACGCUUUCCGACUACAACAUCCAGAAGGAGUCCACCCUCCACCUGGUCCUGCGUUUGAGGGGUGGUUUUUAAACUUUCUGCUUGCUUACAAGUAAACUUCACUGCACUUUGUUUCAAUAAAGCUGUUGAACUCCAAA